AUGAAUGAAUCAUUUAUACUGUCCGAGUUCGACAGGCUUGUCAGUUCUGGUACUUUCCAAUUCUUGCUUACCUCUGCCCUUGCCAACAAGCCAACAAUUCCGUUGAAUCCACCGGCGGCAAAUAAAAUUGAUGAGCGGGAUCAAAAGAGGGAGGGAAGCGAUAUCAGUACUCAGGGCUUUAAGAUGUUCUGCUGGGCAAGACCACACCUCAUGCUCGUAACCUCUGACGGCUAUCGGAGGCAAUAUGAGGGUCUCGAUCUCCAUGAUAUCAAAUCGGUGUGGUUUCUUUUGUCAACCCUAGACACAGACUACGUGGCCUUUUACAACUGUGGGCAAGAUGGAGGAUGUAGCCGUUUGCAUAAGCACGUGCAGCUUAUCCCAACUCCUCCAAAGCUGUUUGCGUCCUUUCUUGACCCAAAAGAUAGUCAGCCACCUCGAGUUCCGUUUGAAUGGUUCUAUCGUCGCCUGAAUCCCCAUGACUCAACGCCAGAACGCUUGCUAGAGAUCUAUAAUCAUCUUCUGGAGCAGUCAACCAACAAAGGGAGGAGCCUCUCCGAGAACUUUGGCACGGCCCCACCUGACGCUGCGUGUCCGCACAAUUUUAUUCUCACAAAAUGUUGGAUGGUGGUCUUCCCCAGGCAACGCGCUGCUAUCAAUAAAGAAGCUGGGGUCAAUGCAAUUGACAUGCUGGGGCAUAUAGUCGUUGCCACCCAGAACGAGAUCGAUAACUGGAUACGGUUGGGGCCAACUAAUGCUCUACGGGAACUUGGAGUGGCCAAGCAAGAGGCCUUGUAA